AUGCCUACCCCUUCUUCUGAUUCUCCCAAAACCGACCCACCCACCUCAGGGUCCCCGAUCACUGGGCUCACUUCUACUUCCCCGGCUUGGAGUUUCCGUGGCACGCCUGAAUUCAAUUUCGAUUUUGAUGGAUUCUUGACCACAGAAUCGCCCUCUUUAUUGAAUGAGACUUGGUUCUCGGUGGAUAGAAAAAUGACUGCAAAGCCUGGUGCUCCUAGUAUGGGUGGAUUGGACGAUCAAGGAACGGGUUUGAAUUUGGGUUCCACUGGGUUGAAGGUCUUGGAAACCGACGAAAAGGUUGAGAAAGCGAUCAUUUUGAAGGAACCCAACUCGAAAAUAUGUGAGACUGCGUCAUUUACAGUUCAAGACCGAUCAAGAACGGAUUCGUCGAGUUCUGGGUCGAAGGAAAAAGCAGUCUUGUUUGAUAGUUCGGGACGUGAGGGAGAUGAUCGGCCCAAACGCUUCUUGAAUUGGCAGUCAGAAAAGAAUUUACUGAAGAGAGCGUUGGAUUCUGUGAAUCAUGAAGACGAUAAGACUGGGAAGGAUGGGCCCAGCGAAGAGAAUAGUAGUGCUAAACGCACUAGAAAAGAAUGCGCAUUGAAUUUGGACUUGGAAAAUGAAACACAAAAUACUACUAUUCACACAGUAAAAAAAGAGUUUAUGAAUUCGGCUGAUUGUUUACCAUUGGAUUCUGAUGGAGUUGAUGAAAGUGGUAUGGGAGAGUUGCGUGGUGACAACGAAAAGGGCAUUGUUACUGCAAGUAUGAAUGAAGCACCCAAUUGGGAUGAUAAGGGUGAUGGUGUUCAAAGGAGAUUCAGCAGAGAAGAGAAAGGGAAGAGAGUAUUGGACAAUGGCGAUUUAUUCCGCAACGUUUUUCAUGAAUGUCAUUUUGGAUUAGAAUCGGAAUCCAUCAAUUUGAUUGAUAUCGAAAAUUUAGAUGCGUCACAUUUAGCUUGUAAUGUAGCUUUACAAUAUGAAAAACAAUGGAGAAAUGCUGACAGGGCUUCACGGAGGAGGGAACUCAUGGAAAAUUUCCGGGAUAUAGCAAAGGCAUAUGCUGCUCACUUUGCUCGUUUUACACCAGCUGAAAAAGAUGUUCAUGCUUCUACCAAGGCUAAUAUUGAAAAUGAAAUUGAAGAAUGGUCUGGUCCUUUCUCCACAGCCACGAAAACAAUUAGAAAUCGAGGAAUGAAAAGUAGGCAAAUGAGCUGCAACUCUUCAGAAAAUUUACCUGCAUCCAUUAAUUGGGCUCCUAGGAGUAAUCAAGAGCAAAUACGUGCUAGAGUCUCGGCUCCCUCGCUGCAAGAACUAUGCCUUGAUUUACUUGCCAAGAAUGCUGAUGCAAUUGUUUCUCUUGAAAAUGUCCCAGAUGCUCUGAAGCACCAACUUUGUCAGUUGGUCUGUGAUUCUCGAAAAAUGAACAGUCGCUUUUUGGAACUUCUUCUUACUGGAUCCCCCACAGAGAUUCGACUAAGUGAUUGCUCAUGGAUGACUGAGGAACAGUUUAUAAAAGCUUUUCAAUCAUGUGACACUGCUAAUCUGGUGGUGUUGCAACUUGAUCAGUGUGGCCGCUGCACCCCACAUCACGUGGUACUUGCUACUUUAGCACGAUCACCAAACCAGUUACCUAGACUAACUAGUCUGUCCCUCAGCGGUGCAUGCCGUCUUUCAGACAAGGGGUUGCAUAGUCUAGUUUCUUCCACUCCGGCUCUUAGAUCGAUAAAUCUUAGCCAAUGCUCCCUUCUCACAUUUCACAGUGUAUUUGUUUUGGCUAAUUCAUUAAGAUCACUUCUUAAAGAGUUGUAUCUUGAUGAUUGCCCCAACAUUAAUGCUGCACUAAUUGGGCCAGAACUGCAGAGCUUUGAACAUUUAGAAGUCUUGUCAGUGGCAGGCAUCCAAACUGUUUCUGAUGAUUUUAUCAAGAAUUUUGUGACUGAACGCGGUCAUAAUUUGAAGGAACUUGUCUUGAAGGAUUGUGAAAAAUUGACCGAUUCAUCAGUUAAAAUUAUUGCUCAAUUCUGUCCUGGAUUAUGCUCACUUGAUCUCAUGAACUUGUGCAAAUUAACGGAUUCAUCCAUUGGAUAUCUUGCAAAUGGGUGCCGAGCGCUUCAUACACUGAGACUCCGCCGCAAUCAAUUCAGUGAUGAAGCCAUUGCGGCUUUUCUGGAGACCACGGGAGCGUGCUUGAAAGAACUUUCACUCAAUAACGUGGAAAAGGUUGGCCAUGACACAGCCUUGUCCCUUGGCAGCCGUGCAAGAAAUUUGCAUACUCUGGACCUAUCAUGGUGCAGAAAUUUCACAGAUGCUCAUUUGGGCUUCAUCGUCGAUAACUGCUUGUCGCUGAGACUGCUUAAAGUAUUUGGAUGUACCCAGGUCCUUCUUCAUAUUCAGCAUAUUGAGUGA